CUGCCGAUUAAACAUAAACAAGCGUUCCAAAUAGGUGUGUGUUACUUGACGUGACAUUCUUUAUAUGAAUUGUUCAUGUUUACGCAUAUUUAUAAAUAUUGAAUUAUUAAAUAUAUACGAUUCAUAAUUGUAUGAAAUAAAAUUGAAAAGCGUAUUUUAGUAUGUAUUGGAAUUUAUUUGACAUACCAAGUAGAAUUAUAAAUACGAUUCAAUUCAAAAUCUUCUUUUAAAAUACAUUUCAACAAUGAAUAAUACCAAAAAGAUCAACGUGAAUUUUUCAUCUUUGGUGGGUUUAAAAACAGAGUUGUUAAGAAAGCAACAUGAAGUGAACGAGGCAAAAUUAAAGUCAGAAACCACUCAGGUUGAUUUAAAGCUAAAGAAGAAACUUAAAAAAGUUAAGAAAAAGAAUGUUGAUAGAAAUUUAGAUAAAUCAGAAUAUAUUGAAGAUGUUAGUACUCAUAAAAAAUCAAAAUUAAUGUUAGAAGCAAAAGCAAGAUUGUAUAAACAGUUAAAAAGAUCUAGAACCAAUAAUGAUAAUUUUCUUGUUGAUUUUAAAAGCAAAUCAGAUGAAUCUGAAGAAGAAAUAUCACAAAAAGAAGAAGACAAUGAAAAUGAUGUAACUUUUGGAAAUGAGGAUGAUUGGGUAGAGUAUGAAGAUUGUUUUGGUCGUACAAGAAAAUGUUUACGCGAAGAUCUACCUCUGAUGCAAGAGAAAGAUAAAUUAGUAAAACAACAAAUUGUAAAUGAGAAGGGCAUUGACUCAAAAACUAAAGAUAAUGUUGAACAAAGUAUUAUAGAAGAUGAAAAAGAACCAGAAAUAGAAGUUAUGAGAAGAAAAUGGGAAGAACAGACAAAGAAAUUGGCUGACAAAGCAAAUAUACAUUAUCAGGAUGUUUUGUUUGACGAGGCUAGAACUCAUGGUGUUGGUUACUAUGCAUUUUCACAAAGUGAAGAAGAGAGAAUGAAACAGCAAGAGAAUUUAUUAAAUUUAAGAAAAGAAACAGAACGAAAACAGAAAGAAAUAAAAGAACUUAAAGAUUUGCGGGAAAAAAUGGAAUAUAAUAGAUUGAAAGCAGCUAGAAUUAGGCAGCGUAUCAGAGCUGGGUUACCGGUAGAUACAAUAGAAGAAGAAGAACUUAAACAAAAGAAUGACAAUGAAUCAAACCAAGAUAAAGUAGAACGUGAAUCCAGUGUACAUGCAGAAGAAAAACCAGUUGGAAUUAAUGAUAAUAAAGAGAAAGAAGGUAAUGAAGAAGACGAGGCAGUGGUUAAAGAAAAUAAAAUAAAGGCUUUAGGAGAACUUCUGGGCAAAAGAACUCAUUGGUACGAAAUGUCACAAGAAGAAUGGGUUGACAAAUGUAGAAAAGAAAGAGUUACUGAAUUUGCUCCAGUAUACAGCGAUUUCAAAAGUGGUGGUUAUUUAAAUUCUGAAAAUACUGAUGAAUCCUCAAAUCAUCAAGAGCACCAGAAAUCUAAUUCAGAUCAAAUGCUUAUUCAGAAUGAUGAAAUUGAUUUAGAUUCUUAUUAUAUACCACUUCCUCCUACUUUGGUAACAAACAGUUCUACUGCCGAGUGUGAUAAGAAUACUUUAAUUAGAAAAAAGGAUAAUGAUCAUAGUUCACAUCAAACAAUUGAUACUACACAGUAUGAAUCUAAUAAUAUAAUAGAAGAUCAAGUGAAACCUACUGCAAACAUAGAUGAAGAGAGCAUAUUGGCUGGUUUACGAUAUUUGAGAGAAAAAUUUGAAGAAAGUCAAAAUAGUUAAGGCGUUAUAUAGCAUCGUUAAUUGUACAUAUCUGUAAAUACUUGUACUUUGUGCAAGCGCAUAUAUAGCAUUUCUGCGUAUAAUUUAAAAAAUAAAUAUUUUAAAUAAUAAUUAUUUAUAUCAAAUACAUUAUAAAACAUGAUAUAUUACGUUUAUUACAUUUUUAUUAAGUAUUUAUGUUUCAUUCACAUUUUGAUCUGUUCAUAUAAAACGCAUAUCGAUAAUAUUUAAUUAAAAAAAUAUAUUUUUAUUUCAAAGUAUAAAAUUAAUACUUUAAACUGGUAAAGAAGCUUAAUCAACAUCUGUAAUGACACUGUUACAAUUAGGACAUUUCACACGGUUGUGAAUCAUGGCAAAUGUAUUUAAACAGUAUAAGUGCAGUAAGGCUUCACAGUAAUUACACUUGUUUCCCUAAUUAAAAAAUGAAGAUAUUAAUAAUUAGUAAAAUUAUAUAAUUAAACAUUUCUCUUACAAGAACUUACAUAAAAGAUAACUUGUUUACAAAGGCAACAGGUGCUUAAAUUAUUUUCAUAAGUAGCUCUAAAGUAUGGCAUUAACUCUGUUAUACUUCUUACACCUAAAUAAUAAUAACCAUCCUGUAAAUAGUACAGAAAAAUAAUUCUAUUGAUACAAUCAUGUUUGAUUUAUUGUAUUAAAAUUUUACCAGUACCUUAUAAACCAACCAUUGUCUUUGAACUAUAUCAUUUAAAAAUUCUUCAGCAUCUGUUUUUGAUAAUUUUACAUCUGGGGAAGAACAAAAAUUUAAACAUAUUGUACUUUGUACACAUCUAAUGCUUGAUGUGAUAAUUUCAGAAAAUAUAUUCCUUAGUAAUGCCAGUUGUGCUUCUGAAAAUUCAGUCUGAAACCUAUAAAAUAUUGAUAAUUUUAAUAAAAAUGUUUAAAAAUGUUUUUAUUUAAUAUUCAGUAUAUACCUGGUUACUUCAUCAAGUACGGUACUUAUUAAAAUCCAAUACACCUGACCGGUGAUUUCACAUUGUCCUUUUCUAAUUAACAUAUUUAAAGGGUGUAAUUGUUCAUUUAUCCUAUUUAUUACUGCCGACACGUUAUCAGUAU